AUGGAGACAGCGAUCCCGAACAGGCAUGGAGGCGAGCCAGAACCUCUUGACAGUACCGGCCUUUGUCUACUUUCACUCGAUGGCGGCGGCGUGCGGGGACUCUCGACGCUCUAUAUUUUGAAAAGUAUCAUGGAUCGACUGAACCACAAGCGGGGGGAGAGCAAGCUUCCUUUGGUGAAACCAUGCGAAGUGUUUGACCUUAUCGGGGGCACAAGCACUGGCGGACUAAUUGCAACUAUGCUUGGCCGGCUCAAUAUGGAUGUGGAUGAGUGCAUUAAGGCAUACAGUGUUCUUGCAUCAGAAGUCUUCGAGAAACGCAGUAUGUUUCCUGUAAACAUCAAGGGCCAGGUCAACGCGCGAUGCGACUCGGCAAAGGCGAAGAGCGCGAUCCAGAGAGUAAUCAAGCAAAGUGGGGCAUUAGAAGCAGACCUGUUCAAUGACGGUACGGAUCGCGGGUGCAGGACUUUCGUCUGCACCACCGAUCGCGACACGAAAGAUAUUAUCCACCUCCGAAGCUACAGUCUCCCUCACGAGCCAGAUAUCCGAGCUACGAUAUGCGAGGCUGCCCUCGCAACGUCUGCAGCCACAACCUUCUUUGAUCCUGUCCGUAUCGGAGAUCGCUCGUUUGCCGAUGGCGGGCUGGGCGCAAACAAUCCGGUACAAGAGGUGGAGGGCGAGGCAUCCAGCAUCUGGUGCCCGGAGACAGGGAAUUUAAAGCCGCUAGUCAAGUGCUUCAUCUCGAUCGGGACAGGGAGUCCCGGGAAGAAGGCAUUCGACGACGGCAUGUUCAAGUUCCUUAGCCAGACCGUGGUGGAAAUUGCCACGGAGACAGAGAACACGGAGAGAAACUUUAUCCAGAAGUAUGCAGGACAUUUCGAUGAGAAGCGGUAUUUCCGGUUCAAUGUUGAACAAGGUCUGCAGAACAUUGGACUUGACGAGUACGGAAAGAAAGGCGCGAUUGAAGCGGCGACACAAGGGUAUAUAACCCACAAAGAGCGUUAUUUUAAGCUGCGGGAUUGCGUCAAGAACUUGAGUCUCAAACAGAGUGUGUAUAUCGAGGACUUCGCCUAA